UACUUGUCUGCUAGUGCUAAGUACUGCAGUUGUGUCACCUCGGUCCUCAGCUAUUACAGGAAAAGCAUUUAAAGUACGUCAGUAUCAUUUCGCAUAUGCAUAAUUUCAAGUCAAUAUUCACCUCUGCUUCGUCCAUGUGUACUAAAAGAGCAGCAUUCAGAUGGGAAGUUGGAGAAAUGAAUGAAUGAUAACAAAUUUACCGCGGAAGUUCUGCGCAUGUGUCAGCAAAGAGCGCAUGCGUCAUCGUUGUAAGCAAAGUGCUUCAAGGACCGAAGGAGAAAUAUCAUUUUACACGCAAUAUUCCUCACGGCGUUUACUCUGGGUUUAUCUAGAUGGUUGCAAAGAACCGGAAAACCCACGGCGUCACGUAAGAAGCGAUGAGGAUCCAGGUGUUUCAGCUUUUGCCGUAAAACGGCCCUAAAGGUAGCAGUGAUCGGCCAUUCACUGUUUUGUUGACUGAACACUGCGGAGAGUCAGUGACUUCGUGUUUGCUGCAUGGGUCAGUCGAGUCGGCAGCAUAUCUGCUCACAGAAUCAUGAACUCAAGAUUAUUAUGAGCUCUCCGUCAUCUAAUGGUGCCACAGGUGGUGCUAGUCUGUCCCCCACCCCCAGUAUGAGGGGGACCAAGCCCUAUGAUUACCUGCUCAAAUUUCUCCUAGUGGGAGAUGCAGAUGUAGGAAAAGAAGAAUUGAUGAGCGAAAUGGAGGAUGGCUCCGUGGAGUCACCUUAUUGUGGCUACAAGACUACCACCAUCCUGCUAGAUGGCAAAAGGGUCAAGCUACAGAUAUGGGACACCUCAGGCCAGGGAAGGUUUUGUACCAUAUUCCGGUCUUACUCCAGAGGGGCCCAGGGUAUUUUGCUUGUGUAUGACAUCACAAAUAAAUGGUCAUUUGAUGGUAUAGACAGGUGGAUCAAGGAAAUAGAUGAUCAUGCACCAGGAGUCCCAAAAAUUCUUGUUGGCAAUCGUCUCCACUUGGCCUACAAACGUCAAGUGAGUGAAAAUGAAGCUGAGGCAUAUGCAGUAAAGAAUGGGAUGGCAUUCUUUGAAGUCAGCCCCCUGUGUGACUUCAACAUCAUUGAGUCAUUUGCUGAGCUAUCCAGGGUGGCCUUAAGAAGGAAUGGCAUGAGCAGGUGCUGGGGGCCUAAUAAAGUGCUAAGUCUUCAAGAGAUGUGCUGUAAGACCAUAGUGUCAAACACAACUGUAUAUGGGAUAGAGCAACUCCCACUUCCAACCUCCAUCAAGUCCCAUCUCAAGUCUUAUCUCCAAGCCAACAAGUCACGGAGUAGAAUGCAGAGUUUCACCCAUAGGGACAAACAUAAGAAACCCAAAAUACUGAACCCCUCGGACUCACCGCCAGCAAAUUGCAGAAAGAGCUGUGUUAUCAGCUAGCAUACUGUUUUAUAUGGUCAGAAUAUUUUCUGUGCUGUCAGUGACAGAAAUUAUACCAAGUUUGCCAGAGUUAUAUUUUGGAAACAAAAUUUACAUGGGCCAAAAAUUCUUUGAACAGCUGAUGAUACUUUCAUAAUUCAUUUUUUUAUUUGUCUUCAUGGAGCAUAUUUUUAUGUGUAAGCAUAUCAAUUCAUUUAUCAGUAUAGUUUGUUUGAUUUUUUAAACAAUAGUUUUAUUUACUUGAUGAUUUGUAGUUUACAUCUCUAACUGACAGCACAGAACAAUAAUGACCUUGCAAUAGAUAUGAUUGAGCUUGUUUAAUGGUGAAAAUGGCUGGUAAAAUGGUCCCAAAGUCAUGUAAAUUAUGAUACAUGAACCAAGAAGGAGGCACCAGACUCCAUAUUAAUAAAUGAAGUGAGAACGUUUAAAGUCCAGGGAAAACUGACCAUAUUUGCUACAUUUAACCCAUGGUGCUAUGCUGACUUACCAUAUAUAUGGGGUUCCCUGUACAGUAUUGUUAGAUGUUUUAUAGAGCUACAAAAAUGGCAAUUCUCAAUAAUGUUGUGGAAUAUUGUGCACACCUUGACUUGACCUUGAUCUUGACCUUGAUUCUGUUAAAAGUGGCCACUAGAUCUAUCAAUAUGGGUGAAUUGUGGCCACAAAUUGGGAAGAAAAAUGCUAGCUGCAAUGUUUUAGUCGAUGGCAAGUUUACAUGUAAUAAUUUAUUUAUGUGAGUUGUAUUCAGUUACAAUGGGUAUCCCCAGUUCUGUUACUUUUUAUCCAUCCCAUAAAUUUCUUUUGGGGGAUGCAAAAAAAUACAGCAAAAUUGAUGGAAUUAUUAAAAUAUACUUCAGAUUAUAUAUGAAAAAGCUGUACACAUGUUGCUGUAUUCAUCCAUAUAAUAUUCAUUGCCAUUAGCAUUGAUGUCCAUUCAUUAGAGUUAAUGUUGAUAUUGUAUUAAUUGUUCUUACCCGUCCUACGCCAUAUAUCUAUAGCAACUUUGAUGAAUCUCACAGAAUAGUGGUUAACCAGGUGGAGGUCUGACACAGAUUGUGUUUGGUGAGCCUGAGAAUUGUGUCAGGUAUGACAGUUAACGUUAUGGCUGUGAUUACUCGCCUUGCUAUAAGGCCGUAGGCAGCAUCCAUUUGAAUCUGUACCCAGACAGUUCCCAUCAUUGUUAAACACCAGCCAGAAACUUGGAGCAGAUUCUGGUCUUUUUAGUCAUGUGUUGUGAGAGAUAUACGGUAUGAUGAAAUGUUUAGAUACGCAAAUUGUUUUAAAGAAAACGUGCUGUAAAUGUCAUGGAUAGUAUAUAAAUAUUCAUUAAAAUUUUGUAUUUCUA